UUUUCCGUUCAUCACUCAAGAAGUUUUUGAAUUUUUUAUUUUUAAUAUACACACCGAGAACAGAGGCGUGUUGUAAGAGAACAUAACCUAUAAUUAGAGAUAUGUUUUCUAUUAACAGCCGUGGAUCGACACGUACGGUUCUACUUCGUUUGAUUCUUAAGUUCAGAAGAUAAGAUCUGAGCAAUUUUAUUUGUCUGCCCAGAAACUUCACAAAGAAGAGAAAGUUUUGCUUGAAGAAUAACAAAAACGCUACAAUUUAGUUUGAUUUAGGCUACAGACUGUGGAAUUUCGUCCGAUGGGUCCUCCAUUUUUUAGGAUCUAUGGAAGAUUUUUUAGACGUCCGGUCGACCCCUAAAUUGUCGUCUGCUCUCCUUGCGACAUCUGUGUUUGUUCACGUGAUUGGAUUCUCGUCCAACCAUUGGUCAGACGGAGGGGUAUUUUAUACUGGACUUUGGGAGGCGUGUAUCCUUACGCCUAGAUUCCACUGUCUGGAGGAUCCCUACUCAGCAGGUUGGUUUGGAGCUACCCAAGCUUUUGAGACAAUCGGCCUGAUUGGUGGAUUUGUGGGACUAAUCCUGAUCAUCCUAUAUAUAUUCAUAGACAAAACAGCGGGAAAUCGAGUUCUGUUCAUCAUUAGUCUUGUGGCAGUAGGGAUUGCAGCGGGGUCUACUCUCCUAGGUGUGAUUAUUUAUGGCGCGAAUGGAAGCGCCCUCUCGUGGUCAUUCGCGCUGGCUGUCAUCGCCGGACUAAUAUACGGUGUAGCUACUGCACUGAUGGCCAUUCACUUGGUCAAACCAGGCCUUGUCCAGGGAUGAUCCAGCGAAGCCAACUAUAUAGUCUGUCAGAUGAUCGAGGAGCUAGCUAACGGAUCAUUUACAGCAGGCGCAGUUCUCACCAUUACGUGAUAACGAUGAAUUAGAUAUAAAUGUAUUUUUGAAAUUUUCGUUGUAAAAGUAUUUUAGGAAAUAAAGUUACGAUUGAAUGUGUA